UAUUUAUGAAUUGUGAAAACAAACCAGCAAAAACAUGGGCCUUAAUAAAUAAACUUUCGUACAACAAAAUAAAGGAAACUAAGGCUCCAGCUGAAUUCCAGACAGAAACUGCCACGCUAACAGAUCCUCUAGAAAUAUGUGAACAUUUUAACCAGUACUUUUCAACCAUCGGAGAAUCCUUGACAAGUGAAAUCCCUUCCUUUUUCCAUCACAAUAAUAUCUUUGCUACUGAUAAACACACGGUACUGUCGGAAGACCAGAUGUUGUCACAACUGAUUCCUACCACUACAGAGGAAGUCCUCAGAAUCAUCAACAACAUUAGUCUUAACACAGCGUCAGGUAUAGAUGGAAUUAAUACUAAAUCUGUCAAGUGUUUUAAAAACUUAAUUUCCCCGGAACUUACAAAAUGUAUAAAUGAAUGUCUGCAAUCAGGUAUCUUCCCGUGUAGUCUGAAAAUAGCUAAAGUCACUCCAAUCUUUAAAUCUGGAAAUAGAUCCAAUCCUGGUAAUUAUCGACCUAUAUCAGUUCUUCCUGUAAUCUCAAAGGUAUUUGAGAAAAUCUUAUACAACCAUCUUCAAACAUUUUUAGAAUCAAACAAUUUCUUAUAUAAUAAACAAUAUGGCUUUAGGCGAAAAUCAAACACCCUAUCAGCAACCAUAGAUCUAAAUACAAAAAUAAAACUUAAUAUUGAUCAAAAAUAUAUUGCAUAAGGUAUAUUUAUAGAUCUAAAAAAGGCUUUCGAUACCGUUAGUCAUGAUUUGCUCCUUAAAAAGUUAAAACACAUUGGUAUCACAGGUAUAGCCCAUAAUAUGAUAAAAUGUUACUUAACAAAUCGCAAGCAAGUAGUAAGAAUAGAUAAGUUCCAAAGUACACCAAAAACUGUGACAUACGGCGUGCCACAAGGAUCCAUAUUAGGGCCGUUGCUAUUCUUAAUUUAUAUAAACAACUUCUAAGAUAUUGGCCUAAAAGGAGAUAUAACGUUAUAUGCCGAUGACACAAACCUAUUCUAUUUCGGCCACUCCUUAAAUACUAUUAUCUCAGACGCGCAAAAUGACCUUGACUUAAUACAUAAAUGGUUCCAAUACAAUCUUCUAACAAUAAAUAUCUCUAAAACUAAUUAUAUCAUAUUCAAAGCAAAAAAUAAGAAAAUAUUUGAUUUUGAUCCUCUAAAAAUAAAUAACCACCUUAUCAAACGAUCCAAUUGCGAAAAAUACCUUGGCUUAUUUUUAGAUGAUAAACUUACAUGGAAACCUCAGAUAGAUAACAUUAAAUCCAAACUAUCAUCAAUAACGGGUACCCUUCGAAGUGUAGCUCGGUGUUUCCCGCGUAAAAUACGUUAUGUUAUUUACAAUUCUCUAGUGAAACCUCACAUCGAUUAUCUUAUAGAAAUAUGGAGCUCAGCCGCAAAGAAUAACUUAAACCCAAUACAAAGAGCUCAAAACAAGGUUAUAAAAGUUCUAUUUAGCUAUAACUAUCUGACACCAACUCAUAAAAUAUAUAAUGAUACUAAACUGUUAAAUAUAAAUCAAUCGUACGUUUAUCAUACAUGCAUUUUGAUUCGUAAAAUAAUAAAUAAAGAUAUUCACACUCAUUUAAGUUUCACUAAAAAGAAGCAAAUUCAAAAAAUUCAACUAAGAAACGCAAAUGAUCUCAUUCUACGUGCACCAAGAACUAGUUACGGUAAGAGAAACCUAAUGUUUGAAGGGGCACAAUUAUAUAAUAAACUUCCUAAAGACAUAAGGAAUCGCAGUCAAAUGUAAGCUUCAAAAAAUUACUAAAAUAUCAUAUUAUAAAAUAUAUAAAAUGAUGGUCUUACUAUUAAAUUAAAAUAUUAUUAUUGUUAAAAAUAAUGUUAUUGUUCAUUACUAUUAGAAUAAAAUAUUACUAAAUAUGUAUCUCAAGCCACUUCUUGUAACUUGGUGAGCGUAGUUCAACUUUAUAUCUGUGAUUGCAUCUAUGUCGGACGCUGUGACUGUUUUAAACUGUGACUGUUUUAAUUGUUUUCUUAAUGUACCCCCAACCUCUGCGUUUCCCCAGAUAUUGUUAUAACUUAUAAGUUUUUAUGUUCUCAUGAUAAGUGAAUUUUGUAUUCUUAAUGAGAAUAAAUUUCUUAAACCACAAACAUAUGUCAACAUAAAUUAGACAAAUAUGGCGGUUGUUUACUUAGCAGUUCACAGGGUCGUUUGAGAUAUUUAAAGAUAAUUAUUGUUAUAAUUCAAGAAAUGGGGCAAACUAGUGUAGUACGUGGUUGCGGCAGUAGUUGGUGUCCAGGAAGUGAUAUAAGAUUUCACACGUAAGUGUUUAAAUAGUGACUUCUGGCAUUGAAUACUUGUAUACAUAUUUCUUUGUAUUUUCACUAAAUUUUUUGCUGAAACGUUUUAUCAGUGUUUUAAACAUAUUAGUAAAUUAUAACUUUGUCAAAAUCAAAUAGUUUUACAUAGAAUUUAAUUGACUUUGAAUAAUUUUAUUGUUUUUGUUUAAAAGAAAUCGCACUGAAGUAGUGUGACCAUAUUGACGAUGUAUCUGAGACUUUCCUUUAAUUUAAUUAUCUAUUUUUCGUAAUAUAUUAUGUAUUUAGAAAUGUAGUAGUUUAAAUGUAUGAUAUACAUAAAGCACCAUUUUGUAAAAUAUGUUAUCAUUUGCAGACAACAAGUGCAUGACAUGAAGAGUCUAUUGUGCAAAUAGCUUCUCUGGCUGUACCAAGCACUAGUUCUGGCAUUGAUGAAAGUAGUUCUGCACUUAAGGAAACAGGAGUGAAAUGUACUGGCUGUAAUAUUGAAGACCAAACUAGUAAAAACAAUGUCGAAAAAUUCUUGAAAAUUUAUGCAAUCUGAACAAGUUACCUGUCAGCAGUGAAUACGACGACGUGCAAGUGAAAAUAAAGUGUACUAAGGAAGAAAUACUUGCGACGAAAACUAAGAUUCUUAAGCAAAAAUUGGCGCGCCAAACUAAAAAAAAUCAGGAUAGGUCUUCUUUAAUGGCAACUAUUAAAAAGUAUACGGGUCAGUCAGAAAUUGAGAAUAUUUAUUCAAGGGUGCUUUGCUGAUAUCUGUAAGGACUUCAAAAAGCCACAGAGUUAUCCACAUGAUGUGUAAAAUUUCAAUAAAUAAUUUUAAUAUGG